GCACGCUAUUCUGUACUUCUCUGCUGCAGAAGACAGAGAUAUUCGUGUUACCACAGCAUGUUGUAGAUGUAGGAGGUUUUGCUCAUCCCGGCUUGGAAAUAAAAAUAGGGAAAGGAGUGCAACUUGAAUCAGAAGCUACUAGAAGAGUGCGCAGAGUUCUUCAGCAGUUUAUAUUUGCUCUGACAUUUUGCUUUCUUCUAACUGGAAAACAGAGGACCUGGCAUUUUUUAAAUGGGCUUUUCCCAUAAUGGCAUUCUUGUAUUGUGUGGCCAGAGCUUGCACAGGAGGAAAGCAGGCUGCUGAAUUUAGUCACUGAUCUCUAUUAGCUGUGGCCUAAGGCUAUGCUGAGGUUUAUAUCCCAUUUGUAUUGUUGCAGCUCAAAAGAAGAAUGUUCAGAGGAUGACAAAUGUAUUCUGAGUAGUCCUAUUGUACAGAUUGGAGGCGUCGGUUUAAGGGCACUGGCAGAAUCUUUCGCUUGUUCUCCGCGGCUGCUGUGUCAGUACACUGUGGAAUGGAAGUCCUAGUUGGUAGUCUGUUAUGGAAACGCUGUUUAUUGUAGUACCGUGGUGACAACAUGCCAUUGAAAUGGAAAACGAGCUCUCCUGCUAUCUGGAAAUUCCCAGUUCCUGUGCUUAAAACAUCCAGGUCAACUCCACUUUCUCCAGCAUACAUAUCUCUUGUGGACGAGGACGACCAGCACAUGAAACUGUGCCUUGCAAGCAGUGAAAUGGGGCUCUCUUCCCAUUUGCAGUCUUGCAAGGCAGGAAACACACGGAUCUUUACCAGCAAUACCCACAGUUCUGUGGUGUUACAGGGCUUUGACCAGCUUCGGCAUGAAGGACUGCUUUGUGAUGUGACCCUGAUGCCCGGUGAUACAGAUGAUGCCUACCCUGUGCACAGGGUCAUGAUGGCAUCUGCUAGUGACUACUUCAAAGCUAUGUUCACAGGUGGCAUGAAAGAACAAGAGUUAAUGUGCAUUAAGCUUCAUGGCGUGAGCAGAGUAGGUCUAAGGAAAAUUAUUGAUUUCAUCUAUACUUCGAAACUGUCUCUCAACAUGGACAACCUUCAAGACACUCUGGAAGCUGCCAGCUUUCUGCAGAUUCUACCGGUUUUGGACUUCUGUAAAGUGUUUCUCAUAUCAGGGGUUAAUUUGGACAACUGUGUUGAAGUUGGACGAAUUGCCAACACUUACCAUCUUACAGAAGUGGAUAAAUACGUCAACACCUUCGUCUUAAAGAAUUUUUCUGCAUUGAUAACCACUGGGGAGUUCCUGAAACUCCCUUUUGAGCGUCUUGCCUUCGUACUUUCCAGUAACAGCCUUAAGCGCUGCACCGAAUUAGAGCUCUUCAAAGCUACCUGUCGCUGGCUUCGCCUGGAAGAGCCAAGGAUGGACUUUGCUGCAAAAUUAAUGAAGAACAUACGAUUCCCGCUGAUGACACCACAGGAGCUCAUUAAUUUCGUGCAAACGGUAGAUUUCAUGAGAACUGACAAUACUUGUGUCAAUUUGCUUCUGGAAGCCAGCAAUUACCAAAUGAUGCCGUUUAUGCAGCCAGUUAUGCAGUCAGACAGGACUGCCAUUCGGUCUGACACCACUCACUUGGUUACACUCGGCGGAGUCCUGAGGCAGCAGCUGGUUGUCAGUAAAGAAUUGCGCAUGUAUGAUGAAAAGACCCAUGAGUGGAAAUCUCUAGCCCCCAUGGAAGCCCCAAGAUACCAGCAUGGCAUUGCUGUCAUCGGAAAUUUUCUGUAUGUCGUUGGUGGGCAAAGCAAUUACGACACAAAAGGAAAAACGGCUGUUGAUACAGUAUUUAGAUUUGAUCCUCGAUACAACAAGUGGAUACAAGUUGCACCUUUAAAUGAAAAGCGCACCUUCUUCCACCUAAGUGCCCUCAAAGGAUAUCUGUAUGCAGUCGGUGGGCGAAAUGCUGCUGGAGAAUUGCCUACAGUAGAAUGUUACAAUCCGAGAACAAAUGAAUGGACCUACGUUGCCAAAAUGAAUGAGCCUCACUAUGGCCAUGCUGGAACUGUGUAUGGUGGAGUAAUGUACAUUUCAGGAGGAAUUACCCAUGACACUUUCCAAAAGGAACUCAUGUGCUUUGACCCUGAUACUGACAAAUGGACCCAGAAGGCACCAAUGACCACUGUUCGAGGCCUACACUGCAUGUGUACAGUGGGAGACAGGCUCUACGUCAUUGGUGGCAACCAUUUCCGGGGAACCAGUGAUUAUGAUGAUGUCCUAAGCUGUGAAUACUAUUCACCUAUCCAUGACCAGUGGACCCCAAUUGCUUCCAUGUUAAGAGGGCAGAGUGAUGUUGGGGUCGCUGUCUUUGAGAAUAAGAUCUUUGUGGUUGGUGGCUAUUCAUGGAAUAAUCGCUGUAUGGUUGAGAUAGUGCAGAAAUAUGAUCCAGAGAAGGAUGAAUGGCAUAAGGUCUUUGAUCUGCCAGAGUCCCUUGGUGGCAUACGAGCUUGUACGCUUACAGUUUUCCCACCUGAAGAAACCACACCAUCUCCUUCUAGAGAGUCCCCUCUUUCUGGUCCCUGAUCACCCUUACUGCUAAAAUGCUAUAUUGCUCUCUUUGCAAUGUGUCAUGAUUAUCUUCUUUUCCUCCCUUAAGUAGUAUAUCUGUUAGAAUUAGCCUCCAGUAAUUGAUACAGCUAUUGGAAAAAAAUUGACAUUGAUGUUACUUGUGGUGUUUGUAUGGCCUAGAAUGUCUAUAAAGUGAUAACAAACCAUCCUGGAAAUAUAUCCCAUAGAAGCUGAUGUUUAACAUGAAAAAAAAAAAGUAUUGUCUAUGAAAAGUUUCUUCAGUACUUUUUUCAUGCUGUGUACUGGUGUAAGGUAUUCGUCAUCUUACAUUAUAAGCCAAGUUGAAGGUGGAUUAUAGUAAAUGUACAACUGUGCUCACUAGGCUUCAGAGUAAAGUUUUCCUCUCAUCUUUAACUGUAAGAUGUCAAAGGGAGGCAGCCUGCUCCAGCAAGAAACAAUACACAAAAGGUUGCCAACUCGCAUGAGCUACCUCCCUCUUUUCAUGAAGUAUUUUUGACACAUCUGUCAACCCACCUGACUGUGUGGGUGCAUUGAGAACACACCAAGUUUCUUAGACACACAGGAGAAAUAACUGAAAUUCACAACAUUAGUUUGAGGGGGAGGGAAGCAUGACCCCUCUGCUUAUAAGAACUGACUUGGGGUUUUUUAAGUGUGUAUAAAUAUAUACACACAUACUAUGUCAAUCACAAAUUUUUAAAAAUUGAGUAUCAGGUCAUAUAAAUUUGAAAUUAAAAAUUGAAUAAAUCUUCUAAAAAGCAGCUUCCAUGAAAAAUGGGGAUUCAGUAUGCAUAUACCUAAUACACAUAUGUAGAACCAUACUGAAUUUAGGUGGAAAAGGGCUAGAAAUUUUGAGCAACUAAAUUUGUCACUUGACCAAAUUUUAUCUUAAAAAAAAUCUGCAUUCUCAUCCUUCUCCUUUGCUGUUGAGGUAACUGCCCUGUUCUGUGUAUUCUGUAUACUCUUGGUUGAUGAGGUUAUUUAGCACAAAGUGUAGCAGCUUCAUCAGAAAAGCUGCCUUUGCUCUAUGAUGUUCAUGUUUUCCCUUCUUUAUUCAAUAAAAAAUGUCGCUCUGCUCUGCGCUA